AUCCCUCUAUGCAGGACCAAUCUCUCUGAGGCUACAUCCCACUUUCAGGAGGGCUGUUCUACGUUGGAGCAGCUUGGAGUGAUUCUCUCACGCACACGCACAGAACGCCUGUCUCCCCUCCAGAAGAAACCCUCCUCCAACCUCAGACUUCAGAAGAGGACGAGAACUUCUCUCCAGGCUCCAAAAUGAUGGAAAAUGAGGUGUUCGCUUCUUUUACCCUCUACAGCACAAUCCUGAUUUUAAAAACUUAUGUAGUGGCCAUCAUUACUGGACAAGUGAGGCUGCGGAAGAAGGCCUUUGCCAACCCAGAAGACUCCAUGAGACACGGAGGCCUGCAGUAUUAUCGGAUCGACCAAGAUGUGGAGAGAUGCCGCAGAGCCCACCGGAAUGAUAUGGAGACCAUCUUCCCCUUCCUGUUUCUGGGAGCCAUCUACUCCUUCCUCCACCCGAACCUCUUUGUAGCCCGGAUACACUUCCUCGUCUUCUUCGUGGGGCGGACGGUGCACACGGUGGCCUACCUGCUGAAGCUGAAGGCUCCCACCCGCUCUGUGGCCUACUGCAUAGCCCAGCUCCCUUGUUUCUCCAUGGCUCUGCAGAUCCUCCUGGCCGUCAUAAAGAACUGGUGAUCGGCAGCCGAGCGUGGGGCCGCACUCUGAAGACGGAGGACAAUGAGACCCUAGCACCCCAGCAGCCCCCCCAAACCUGCCCCCCUACUGACUCCUCCCUGCAGGAAUUUCCAGAUUGACAAGACUCCUGGAUGGCGAGCAACUUGCAAGAUGCCUCUGCUUGCGUGAGCGUGCUUGCUCUCCCAUAUAUUUAGGGAUGCACCUUGAUGGUGUGUGUGUAUGCGCGUGCGUGGACGCCCAUCUAUUUAGGUAUACAACUGUGUGUGUGUGCAUGUGAGUGUGUCUAUGUGCACGUGCGUCCAUAUAGUAAUAAUGAUGAUGGCAUUUGUUAAGCGCUUACUAUGCUAAGCGCUGGGGAAGA